UUCAACAGUGAUUUUUUUGUUUAGCUUUUCUUCAUACAUUUUGGGUUAUGUUGUCCGAGGAGAUUACUGCUACUAAGAAAAUUAAAAUCUAUCUCAUGCAUUGUUAAGUUAUUGGUAGUUACCCGGUUUAAGAAGCAAAUUAGACGAUCAGUUAUUAUAAAUAAUGAACACUACAAGAUUCUGGUUUGAGCCUUUUGUUGAAUCUCAGUUGUUGACGCUAGAAACAUUCAAAGCAG